GUACACGGAAACUUCUUUCGAGUAAUCAGAUUUCCACAAACAGCAAUAUAAUGCUGCUAGAACUUGUCAAAAAUGGUUCAAAAGAUACGGGAGCUAAAUCAAAAUGAUAUAUGAAGGUAGCAGUGGGGGUGCUGAUACAUCAUGCCUGGGCUUGACAUCAGAGUUAGGCAAGACGGUUAUCCUCUGGGGCGAGUCUAUCAUUUGUCAACCGCUGUCUCUUGUAACUGAGAGUUCAUGCAUUAUUGGAACUACUUUCCCAGGGGCUGGGUUAACCUGAGGUUAAAGAGUGAGUCUGGGUGUGUGUGCUUGCUCAUGCAGUUUGGGGGUAAGAGAGGGUUGUGGUUGAUCAACUUUUAUUAAGGACCUGGUGUAUAUUAUUUGCAUGCAUGCUGGAUUUUCAAAAAACUUAAAUUAGUCAAUAAAUAAUAAAACUUUUAUAGUCGGCAUGAAACGAAAGUUGCGAGUCUUUUCUUUCCAAUUGUGACGUGCAUGUCCGAGUGAAUGGCUUCUUGAACAAGACAAAAUGUAGGGUGGGACUUGAUGUUGUCCAUAAGGAAUUGAUUGGAUUGCUGUGACUUGCUAUUGCUGAGAUAUCAUUUGAGUGACAGUUUGCCCCACCCUUGUACCAGAAAUCACCUCUUCUGAGAAGAGAAGAGAAGAGAAGAGAAGAGAAGAGAAGAGAAGAGAAGAGAAGAGAAGAGAAGAGAAGAGAAGAGAUGCUUCUGCGAAAGGGAGGGGAAGUAAUUUUAUACAAAGAAGAGUUGCUGAAAGGAACAAUGAGAGUCUGUGUGAUACUCAUUAACAUCUGGAGCAGAGGAGAGAAAAAGCCUGCGUACACAUCCAACACUUGUCAGAUGACCCUGAUCGGUGUGUUUCUCCACUGCAGACAGAGCAUCUCUGACUCUAUAAGAAAAGAAGAUUAAUGUCAUGGACUUUUUCUGGAUGUCCUUUUUAAAUUAAGGAAGAAGGCUGAAGACUAAGGGAAAUGAUGGAAUCCACAAUGUCUAUCGCUCUGCUAGUGAUUUCAACCUGUUACUUCUUGUGUACCUCUGCAAAAUACCACCAUCAUAAUCAAGACAAGGGAAAAGAGCUAAAAUACCUCCUGGAACCUCUGGUGUAUGCUGAGGUCACUGCUCGUCGUGGACACACAGUCGUUUUGCCCUGUGUGAUGAGGUUUAAACCACCGCAUUACAGAGUAAAGUGGACUAAAAUCGACCCCCCUAGUCAAGGAGUGGAAAACAUAGUGCUUAUAACAAAUGGACAUGCAGAUAAGCAGUAUGGCUCACUGGGGCCUCGAGCGUCUCUCCGGCGUUCACAUGACCUGGAUGUUUCCCUCCGUCUUACUGAUCUGGAGCUGGAAGAUGAUGGUAGCUACCGCUGUGAACUGAUCAACGGAAUUGAAGAUGAAAGUGUUAUUAUUACACUGAGGAUUGAAGGGGUUGUAUUUCCUUAUCAGAGUCACCAUGGUCGGUACAGAUUUACCUUCUUUGAAGCUAAAGAUGCUUGUGCUGAACAGGAUGCAACACUUGCCACCUACAAGCAGCUUUACCGGGCCUGGACUGAAGGGUUGGACUGGUGCAAUGCCGGAUGGCUGAGUGACGGAACUGUCAAUUACCCAGUCCUGCGCCCACGGCAGGCUUGUGGAGGGGAUCUUCUAUCAGGCAUCCGAAGUUAUGGGCCUCGUCACAAAACACAGGACCACUAUGAUGCUUUCUGCUUCACCUCUACCACUAAGGACUCUGUUUUCUUCAUUCCAGGGCAGUUGAAUUUUGUCGAAGCUGAACAUGCCUGCAGACGGGAGGGUGCCGGUCUAGCGAAGACUGGUCAGAUCUACUCAUCUUGGAAGUUUCAGCAGCUGGACCAUUGCGAUGGAGGCUGGCUGCAGGAUGGUAGUGUACGAUUCCCCAUCGUCAACCCAAGGGAGAAUUGUGGAGGGAUUGCAGAACCAGGGGUUCGGAGCUUUGGGUAUCCCAGCAAAAGUUUGCGUCUUUAUGGGGCUUAUUGCUACAGAAAUCCAAAGUAGGCUCACCAGAGGGUUCCCAUCCGACCAACGGAAAUCUCCCUCGAUGGUCUUGUCAUUGAGACCUGUCCACUGAUACUCCCUGUAUUUAUCUAAGGAAAGAGAAAAGCACAGAAAUGCCAAAUA